CUCCCACAAAAAUACACAAAGUCAUGCUGUGUUAUAGUUCUAGGAGAUGAAGAAAUGACUUAUCAAUAGGGGAAAUGUCUUAACGUCCUGUUUCGACAGAGAGCCCCUUAAUUCUCUCUGCACACUGCGUAAAGACGAGGAGUUCCGGAGAAAGUGUGAAGUACAGAACAUGGAGAACAAGCCCCAAGGUCCUCUGUUGCUUUCAGUGAUAGUUGUACUGAAUCUCAUGAUAUGGAUGAUAAUGGUCUUCGCAAUUGGACUGGGGACCAUCCAUUUAAACAGCUGUCCUGCCCAGCCCUACAUCCCCAUCUACCUGAUGGUGCUGGGGGUCAGCAGUCUUCUCUUGCUGGCCCUAAGCUACGUCCAAAGCUCAAGGAAGCAGUGUGUGGUCAGCAUCCUGACCUCCGCCUGCAUCAGCCUUCUGCACAUCUUUACCACCUGUUGGUUUGUGGCAGGCACCCUGUGGGUCUAUUCUAUUUACCCCCCCAGCUACUCAGACGCCGUGGACGGAUACUGCCAAAAGAAUGUCUACCAUUUUGCUUUCUACCUCACCAACCUAUGCUGGCUUCUUGUGAUUGUGACGUUAUUAUACGGCGGAUGCCUCCUUCUGCUGAACUGCUUGGACGCUGGCACCAGGGGGCGUGGUUUGUCUCGCAAGAAUAAUGAUUCGUAUGGCGGAACCAAUUCUCAUUCUAUUGUGACGAUUGGCUGUACAUGAAUUUUGGGAUAGCUUUGUCUGUGUGUGUGUGUGUGUGUGUGUGUGUGUGUGUGUGUGUGUGUGUGUGUGUGUGUGUGUGUGUGUGUGUGUGU